AUGAGAUUCACCAGAGAAAGCGAUAUACUUGCGCACAAAAUGGAAAUGAAUAAUUCGCAUGAUAAGAAUGAUAACAAUCCAAAUAUUCCCGUUUGGAUGAAGGAAGGAUUUUAUCAUGUGUACUUUAGUUUUACAAAGCAAACUAAAUACGAGCGGGAAAAUUCUCUGAAAAAUGAUGUCAAAGCUGAUGUAAAUGGUGUACAAGAAAAGUAUUUGAAGUCUGUAGCACCUGUCGAAAAGCCCGCACCACCUGCGCCAGCCUGGAAACGCACGGCCGAGGAAUGGGAACGAGAUCGUAUAGAUUUGGCUAAACUGGAAUACGGCAAACAUGCAUUACGUCAUCGUGAAGUUCCGCCAUAUUUUGAAACGGCGAAGGGUCAAGCUUUUCUAAGUGCUUUAAAUCGCGGUCCUGAUAUGUUGAAGCUCAGUGCUGAACUCGACAAACAAGCUUGUCCAGUUUCUAGUUCGCUUCACACUGCAAUGAGUGCAUCAACAGAAAUUAUAGAUCAGAGGCAUCAAACUUCUCAUGAAAAUGUUCCGCAAUAUUCAAACUGGUCUAGGUCAGCGGUUUUAGAGAACCCAGAUCUUGAAAGAGGACAAUCGCCUGGGGAUGUCUCUCCAGUCGAAAGUAGUACACCUUUG